AUGCUGUUUGAUUCCCACGUCGACGCCAACACGCUGGUCCAGAACCUCGAGGCCAGCGAGCUGCUUGAUGCGGGCCGCGUGACCCCCAAGAUGUUCUCCUAUCAGAUCAAGUCCAUGUGCCUCAGGAACCCCCAGACCAUCGUGCUGCCAGAGGCCACCGACUCGCGUGUCCUGCUGGCCGCAGACGCGGUGACGUCCCGCGGCCUGGCCAAGGUGGUGCUGCUGGGUGACCCGGCCACAGUGGAGAACGAGGCCAGGAAGGCCGGCGCUGACAUCAGCGGCUGCGCAAUAGUGGACCCCCAGAAUGCGGCCAACCUUGACAAGUACGUUGACGCCCUGGUGGAGGCGCGGCGCAAGAAGGGCAUCAGCAGGGAGGCAGCCAUGGACCAGGUCAAGGGCGACUGCAACGCGUUUGGCGUGAUGAUGGUCGCCACUGGCGACGCCGACGGCAUGGUCAGCGGCGCAAUGCACACCACGGCCGCCACCAUCCGCCCCGCCAUGCAG